AUUUCGGUGAUUUCAGUUGGUGUUUGUCAUUACUGCGUGAGAUAUUAUUUUUGUUUAGUGCCAAUAUCGCUGAGUAAUAUCUGGCUGGUGGUGUGUGGAGCGCGGGGUUUGUUGUCGCGAUCUUGUCAGCGUGCCAAUUCCGGCAGUGCCACCGCCGCGGAGUUAGCAUACUUGCUCGUUGUGAUUUGAUCGAGUGAGGGUGGUGAUAACUGUUGUGUCCGUGUGCCUGGCCUGCGUCGCGACCUCCGCGGAGUCCCGGCGGCCUCGCCCGCGCCCUCGCCUCGCGCCCUCACAACACCCGGGUUCACAAACAAUGGAACAACAAUGACUUGCGUUCCUUGCGUACAUGGUAGGUGUCUGUGAUGAUGUCACUGAAGCCGAGGAACGUUGAUUUCACGGAGACAUGGGCUCACCUCAAGGAAACGGUGGCAGGUGUGGUGGGUUUGCGCGCGGUUGAGCGCUCGGUGUGGAAUACUCGCUUUUCCGAUGUUUACGCUCUCUGCGUGGCGCACCCCGAGCCGCUCGCCGACCGCCUCUACGAUGAGACCAGGAACUUUCUAGAGGAGCACGUGUCUGGCUUGCUGCAGCGUGUGCGCGGAUCGUCCUCGCUCGACAAUAACGACCACAAUGACGGGUUGCUUACCAGAUACGUGGCGGCGUGGCGCGAGUACAGCCAGGGCGUGGCCUACCUCAACAGUCUCUACUCGUAUCUCAAUCUGCAGCAUGUCAAAAGGCAGAAGGUAUCGGACGCGGAGAUUAUCUACGGGUCGGCGGCGGCCGCGAGCUGUCCCGAACACGACGCCAGACAACUUGAGGUCGGGGAGCUUGGUCUGGAGAUCUGGGAGCGUGUGUUAGUGCGCCCGCUGUCUUCUGCACUCACAGGCCGCAUAGUGUCCGCGCUGGCGGCGGCCCGCAGCUCCGCGCCGGACCCCGCGCUGGCCAGCACGCUGCGCGAGGCCAUCCACUCCACCGUGCAGGUGCGGGCCUUCCGCGUCCGGGCGCCGCUGCAGCUGUACCAGCAACUGGUCCUGGAGCCGUACCUGUCGGCGGCGGCGGCUGCGCACGCGCAGCUGGCGGCCGAGCUGCUCGCGCGCGGCGACGUCGCGCACUACACCAAGCACGCGCUCGCGGGGCUCGACAGGGAGGUGUCCCUGGGCGCGCGCUUCCUGGACCCGUCGUCUGCGGAGUCGGUGCGCGUGUGCUACGAGCGCGCGGCCGUGGCGGCGCACCUGCCCGCGCUGCACGCCACCGUGGACGCGCUCGUGCGCGACGCCGCGCGCGCGACGGAGCCUGACGCUAAGGAGCGUCGCGCGGACCUACGCCGCAUGUACACUCUGCUACGACCGCUGGGCGCGGCGGCGCUGCGCCCGCUCGUAGACGCUGCCCACGCGCAGGCCGCCGCCGAGGGCCACGCGCUCCUCGCCGCCCCACACAACAAGGACGAGGCUCACACGCACUUCGUGAACGCGAUGUUGUCGCUGCACGGCAAGUACAGCAAGCUGUUCGCCGAAGUGUUCGGCGGCGCGCAGGCCUUCAUCGGCGCACUCGAUAAGGCGUGCAGCGCGGUGGUGAACGCGCGGCCGGUGGCGGCCGCGGCGAGCAGCUCGGGCGGGGGCGCGGGGGGCGCGGGCGGGGGCGCGGGGGGCGCGCCGGGCUCGCCCCCGCCCGCGGGCCCCGCGCGCGCCCCCGAGCUGCUGGCGCGCUACUGCGACUGCCUGCUGCGCAAGCGCGCCGGCGCCGAGGCCGACGUCGACGACCGUCUGGCAGCCGCCAUUGUUGUGUUCAAGUAUGUGGACGAUAAGGACGUCUUCCAGAAGUACUACGCGCGCGCCCUCGCCAGAAGACUUAUACAUCAACUGUCAGCUUCUAUGGAACAGGAGGAAGCUAUGAUCAACCGUUUGAAAGCGGCGUGCGGCUACGAGUUCACCAACAAACUCCAUCGUAUGUUCACCGACGUGGCUGUCUCCGCGGACCUCAAUGCCAAGUUCCAACAGCAUCUGAGAGACAACGAUCUUGCUACUAACACUGGAUUCUUCAUACAGGUGCUGCAGGCGGGCGCGUGGCCGCUGGGCGGCGCCAUGGCCCCGCUGGCGCCGCCGCAGCAGCUGGAGCGGCCGGCGCGCCUGUUCGAGGCCUUCUACCGCGCCUCGUUCAGCGGCCGGCGCCUGGCCUGGCUGCACCACCUGUGCACCGGGGAGCUGCGCACGCGCUACACGCCGCGCCUCUACCACGUCAGCGCCACCACGCCGCAGUGCGCGUUGCUGCUCAGCUUCGAGACUCAGGACGUGUGGAACGCGCGAGAACUGAGGGACGCGCUGCAGCUGGCGGGAGACGCCUGGACCAGGCAUCUCAAGCCGCUUGUGGACAUCGGUCUACUGACGGCGACGGGUGAGGUUUGCGAGGAGUCUAACGGAGGCUCACCGGCCGCCGACGCAACACUAGCUCUGAACCUCAGCUUCUCCUGCAAGAGAACUAAACUGCGACUCACAUGCGCCAGCGCACCCAGUCAUGCAGGCGGGUCUGGGUCCGGGUCGGGCGCGGCGGAGGGCGCGGAGAGCGCGCACUGCGACGACGACCGCAAGAUGUACCUGCAGGCAGCCAUCGUCAGGAUCAUGAAGCAGAGGAAGGUGUUACGCCACACAGAACUCAUCCAGGAAGUAGUGUCCCAGGCCCGCGGGAGCUUCGCCCCUUCCGUGGCAAUGAUCAAGAAGUGCAUCGAAGCCCUCAUCGACAAGCAGUACCUCGAGAGAGCCCCCGCAGCCCUAGACACCUACUCCUACCUCGCGUAGGCCUCCGCCCCCCGCUACGACCGCGACAGCUACGCUGCUACGACAAGCGCUACGGUAGCGCGUUCGAGCCCCGGCCAGCACUCGAGUCGCAGUCUGUUGUAUAUUACAUGUACAAUACAUAAAUAUGUAUAUUUAAAGUAGAGGGCGCUGUCGGCGCGCGGCUAUAUAAUGAUAAUAUAAUAAACUUGUACGAACAUCGUUA